GACCUGACUCAUCCCGGAAGGGAUUAGGGACACGGGGACCUGGGUGACGUUCUGGUCCGACCAGCCCGUCUGCCCCGGGAUGGCCAUCGGCGGCACGGGGCCCUGCUGCCACUCGCAGCCCUGGGGGAGAUGACGGAAACGGGACCCGCGAUGGGACCGCGUCCCCCGCGCCGGGGGACACCGCCACCCGCCUGCCACGCCCCCAGGUCACGCAGCUGCCCCAGGGCUGAGGAGGGGCUCUCGGCCCCCAGCCGCCCACCGAGCGGUGCAGCCCCGGUGCUGCUCUGCCUCCUGCUCCUGCUGGCCGCCUGCUCGCCUGCCACCGGCUCCAGCCCCGGCAUCAAGGGCCGGGUGACCCAGAGGGCCCUGGAGUACGGCCGGCACUUUGGGCUGGAGCUGCUCCGGUCGCUGCUGCAGAAGGAGCACGAGCUGAACCUGCAGGGCUCCUACCGGCCCCCCUUCCUGGGGGAGCUCCAGUACACCGUGCCCCGGAUCCACAUCCACGAGCUGCAGAUGAACGACUCCUCCGUGGACUUCGCCGAGGACGUGGGCGUGCGGCUGGCGGUGCAGCGCGCCCGCAUCCAGCUCAGCGCCGACUGGGGAGCGCAGCUGGGCACCUUCCAGGACAGCGGCGUGGUGAGGCUGCGCGUGGGCGACCUGGCCGUGGCGGUGGUGCUGGGGCUGAGCGUGGACGAGGGCGGCCGCCCCGCCGUGUGGGCCGCCGGCUGCGAUGCCCGCGGCACCGACCUGCACGUGGAGUUUCACCGGGGACAGAGCUGGCUCUACAACCUCCUGGUGCCGCUGCUCCAGAGAACCCUGCGGCAGCAGCUGAACAAGCAGCUCUGCGUCGAGCUUGAGAAGAGCAUCAGCAGGCUGGAGGCCUCCCUGAAGCGCAUGCGAGUGUCCCCCCAGCUCGACCCCUUCGCUGCCAUCGACCUCUCCUUGCUGGGCCGCCCGGCGAUCACAGCGGAGCACGGGGACGUCAGCCUCAAGGGCGAGUUCUUUGGGGUGGACCGGCGCUGGCAGAGCCCCUUCUCGCCCAAGCCGGUGGGGCUGCCCGAGGCGCGCGAGCCCAUGCUGCUGCUGGCCGUCACCGAGUUCGUCGCCAACUCCGCCGCCUUCGUGUACUUCACGGCCGGGGCCCUGCGCAGGAACUUCUCCGGCGAGGCGCUCCCGCGGCGCUUCCCCCUCCAGCUGAGGACCAAGAGCUUGGGGGUCUUCUCCCCGCAGCUGCAGGAGCACUUCCCCGACCUGCCCAUGGAGCUGCACCUCUCGGCCCGCCAGCAGCCCCUGCUCUCCUGCCACCCCGACGCCCUGCACGGGACCCUCUUCGGCUCCGCCGAGGCCUUCGUGGUGCUGCCCAACGCCACCCGCGUGCCUGCCUUCCUGCUGGACAUCGACGCCAACGUGACGGGGAAGCCGACCAUCACUGGGAACAGGCUGGGGGGCACCGUGCGGCUGACGAGCCUCAGCGUGGCGCAGGUGACCUCGCACGUGGGCCCGCUGCAGGUGAAGAAGCUGGAGAACGUGCUGAAGUUCGGGCUGUGGCUUUUUGGGGUGCCCUGGGCAAACAAGCGGCUCCGUUCCGGCGUCGCGCUGCCCACCCCCCACGGCCUCAGCCUGGUGCACCCACGCCUCUCGCUGCACGAGGGCUUCAUGCUCCUCGCCACGGACCUGCGGUACGAGCCCUGAGACCCGCUGCUGCGUGGGAACCCCCUGACCCCGUCCCUGUCCCCGUCCCCAUCCCCCCUUUUGGGGGGGGGUCCGGCGGGGGUCACACCCUGCCCGUGGCUCAGCCUGCAGCCCCUGCAGCCCCUGCAGCCCCUGCAGCCGUGUCCUUGUCCCCACGCUCCAGGCGAGGUUCCCCCCCCCCAGCUCCACGCGGGGACAUCCCCGGGGGGCUUCUGCGGUGCCGGGGGUCGGGGCCACCCCACGGGCUGGGGGCUGCGUGGGCUGGAGGCUGGGGGCAGGGGGGUGUCAGGGCCGGGGGUCCCGCAGCCGCCCCCCCCCCCGCCGUGUCCCGGCACCCGCUGCGGUUCCGCGGCAGCUCCCGCCUCGCCCGCGGGAUGGAGCCCGUGGCCACGGCUCCGCCGCGCCGGCACCGGCCGCUGCCCCCCGGGACCGGCAGCGGGAGCCCGAGCUGGAGGCAGCGGGCGGGGAACGGCCUCGGAGCCCCCCCGAAACCCCCGGGGCUUGCAGAAUCCCCAGAGGGGGUGUCCCUGUCCCUGUCCCUGUCCCCGUCCCCGUCCCCGUCCCCGUCCCCGUCCCCGCGCCCAGCCCU